AGCUACUUUUUACUCGCGCCAACGAACGGACGCGGUCGAUCCAAGGAGCUGCAAACAAAAGUCUGCCGUGUGAGCUGUUCGGUUGAGUUGAGGUGUCGUCCGCCGUUUUUCCUCUCUUGUCCGCAGCGUUCUUCAACCGCGAGAAUCUCUCAGAUUCUUGGCGGAACUUUUUGAUUUGUUUUACACCACUUUUGAGACGAAACUGUGCUUUUGGAUAAUUAUGCGAAGGAUCGGCGCCGAGAAUCAGCUGGUGGGGGAUUUCGCGCGAACGCGGGACUGAAAAAACGUAAACAUAACCUAAGUCUAUACAUUUCAAGAGUGCGGAGAGAAGAAGAAUGUCGUGCUUAGCAAAGUCGCAUUUUAAAUAUCUGAGCAAUAAUGACAAGGAAAAAUGUUACCUCGCUGACGACGACGAGGCUGAUGAGUUUGAUUUCCAGUAUGUUCCUGUGAAUCAAUUCAAACAUGUAAUAAAAGAUGUGAAGAGACAAAGGAUUAGAGAUGAAGAAGAAAGGGUAUGGACGACAUUUUUAAGAGAGCAAGAACAAUUGGUGUUAAAUCGUGAACAGAAUUAUAACAGAAAUAGAUACAAAACCUCUCGUACGCUAGCAGAAAGCAUAGAAGACGUUGACAGAGAGUUGAUGCGUUUGGAAGCUGAUACAUUACCUGAAACACAUUUUUAUACUGAAUAUAACAACUUCAAUUCUGAGGAAAGAGUAUCUUCAGCAAAAUCUACUAAAAAGGAUUCACCAGGCACUAAGGGAAAUGGUGCGGGCAGUACAAAUUUUUUAUUAACCAUUCCAGAAGAGGAAAAUUCUCGCUGCUUGCCUCAGUCUAGACACCAAAAAGAAUGUAGAAGUUAUAUAAAGAAUUCGUGUUCAGAUCAAACUUUAAAAUCUAAAAGGAUUCAUUCCAGAUGCUACCACUAUAGCACCAAUGAUUUGGGCUAUGAUUCUAGUCCAGAGCUCAGCCCAGAUAGACUCAGUAAUGAUUCAAUUCCAGUACGACCAGACCCUGUAGCAGUGACAAAAAUUUUAGGUGUUCAAAGAAGAAUUUCCACAGUUUUGGACUCUAUUUCAUACGAACUUGAUAGAAUACCACUUCCUGAUGGAGAAAAUGAUCUUCAAAGGAGACAGCAACGAGUAGUGGAGUUUUCUACAAGGCUCUCAAGAAAUUACUUGUAUGAUCUUGGCAGGCAAAUCACUGACAUUCAAAGGCACAUUAAAUCUAUUACUCCUGACAGCAAAAUAAAAUUGACUAGAAGAGGAGUAAUUUUUCACAUGCAGGCUAUAGAGCAAAAAUUAUUAAGUGCACAUCAGCUAUUGUUGACUGCUUUGAGUGCUUAUUGGAAGCACAUUCCUAGCUCAGUAUUAAAAAAUCAUCCAGGAAAGUUGAAAGAAAUUUUAGACGUAGUCAUACAAAUAAAAAAUAUUUGUACGGAAAUAAAUCUCACUCCGGAUUUAUACUGCUCAGGAGAUAAUCAGGAUGUAUUUUUAGGAAAAGAAACUGAAAAUCGAUGUAGUGUAAUACUAUCAAAGUUUCGUUCAGCUUCUGAUAAUGAAUCUCAAGUUACCAAUAGAUCAACUAUCGCUACUCCAUCUCGCCGUAAAAAGCCGUUAAAUCGAAAGGCGUUAUCUAAUCGAUUGAGUAUGUACACAAUGGAUUUAAGAUUAGCUAAAAAUUAUCAACCCAAAAAAACUCAGAGUAUGUUUCAAAUAUCUAGAGAUAAAAAGCUCCAUUGUUCAAAUUUGAGACAACAACAAAGUAAUGUAUCUGUGCCUAAAAAUACACGUUUACCUGCCUUAACAAAGACAUCAAAUGAGCCCAUGGGAAAUAAAAUUACCAAAAUAGCUGUACCUGUAAAAGAAGAUGAUAUACAAACCAUAAUGGAAACUGUUCCAUCAGAUUUAGAAGCAGAAACUCCUGUUACAAUCAAAUUAAAUAGAAAAUUAACUAGCCAUAAAGUAUCUAGCAAAAAGUUAGAAGUCAAUCAAGAUACCAAAGAUUCUAAAAGACUGAAUAGUAGAAUAGCUAAUAUUAAGGAAUCGAUGAUAAAAGAUGAUAAGAAAGAUGAUACAAGAGAAAAGUGUUUUUCAUCUUUAUUGCCUGUGAUAGGAGAUUUAUUGUUACUUGUUCAAGGUAAACAAAAUGAUUCAAAAUCACUGCCACCAGCUUCAAUAGAUACUCUCUAUGAUUUUCUUCAAAGCUGUCACCCAAAAGUCAAUUCAGGUGAUCCUGAUAAUUGUGAAACUCAAAUUCAAAAUGAAAUUCAAACAGGAGAAAAAAAUAUGAGGUUGAUUUGUUAUUCAGCAAUAGAAGAUGAGCAAAAGAGAUCGCUUCUAAAUUCUAGGAAAUACGAGGAAAUUUUAAAGAAUAAUGAUGCAUCUUGUCAAGCUAAUCAUUUGGAAAAGAAUGGAAAUUGCAAAUUAUCAGUAUCUCAAACAGUAGCCUCAUCUUUUACAAAAUAUCGAAAUGAGUAUCAAAACUCACUAAAGUCUAAUCUUAUGUACUCAAGCACUACUCAAAACAAGCCAUGGGAAAUUUUAGCGUACAUUGCCGACAAACUUGUGGAAGAAUUAAUUGUAGAACUUUCUGAUAACUUUCAAAUGGAAGAUAUCAUUCAAAAAUUAUUUGAUUUGGAAUUUCAAGAAUUCUAGUCGUAUCUGCGCACGAUCUUAAAAAUUAAAAAUUGAAACUUUUAUUUGUUUUUCUCAAUUUUAGAACAAAUAAAGAUUUCAAAAUUUUCCCUGAAAAGAGAAACAAAAACAUAAAAAAUGCACAGUAUUUAAAGUAUAACAAUUUUUUAUCGACAAUAAAAUUUCUUUUAAACCAAA